AGGAACCUACCUGACACUUCCUGCCCAUGAAUGUUUCGCUUGUUUUGGCAGUGUGAUAUUUGUGUAUCUCUGCCAUGUUUGUGUACAUCUGUCGCACGUUCAUUUACACAUUUUUAAACGUAUAACAUCGUCUUGACGCUCUGGAAUAAUAACCAUACGCACUAUAUUGGAUUAUAUGCGCAGCUGAGCCCGUUUAAUGGAUGACUGGAGGCAGGACGUGAUUGUUUCUUCUCAUUGAUCCAGGAUCUUACAGUAGCCUACAGAUAUAGCCUAUAAGGUAUGGAUGAUUCGUCAUGUGUGGGGUCUGGCUGAGGGCCGCUGUUGCCCUGGCGUCUGCACCCCAUUGGCUGAUUCACCAGCAUGUACCGUAGAAACGGCCUAUCGGAUGGCACCAGCAUUAGCUCCGCCUCCUCUGAGGGAAGCAACAGCUCCGUGUCUGUGGACGGCCCGAGCGCGGACUAUGCGAAGAGCUACGAUGCUGUCGUGUUUGAUGUGCUGAAAGUCACGCCAGAGGAGUUUGCAAGCCAAAUUACCCUGAUGGACGCCCCUGUUUUUAAGGCCAUACAGCCAGAGGAGCUUGCUAGCUGUGGUUGGAACAAAAAGGAGAAACACAUUUUGGCUCCCAAUGUCGUCGCCUUCACACGGAGAUUCAACCAGGUGAGCUUCUGGUUGGUACGGGAAAUCCUCACCGCUCAAACACUGAAGAUCCGUGCUGAGAUCCUGAGCCACUUUGUCAAGAUCGCAAAGAAACUUCUAGAGCUGAAUAACCUUCAUUCUAUGGUGUCGGUGGUGUCGGCACUGCAAAGCGCUCCCAUCUUUAGAUUGAGCAAGACUUGGGCGCUGAUCAAUAGGAAGGACAAGGCCACGUUUGACAAGCUGGACUACCUGACGUCUAAAGAGCAUAACUACGUCAGGAUGAGAGAGUACAUCCGCUCCCUGAAGAUUGUGUCCUGCAUCCCCUACCUGGGGAUCUACUUGCUGGACAUGAUUUACAUCGACUCGGCCUAUCCAGCGUCUGACAGCAUCAUUGAGACUCAGCAGAGAACCAAUCAGAUGAACAACAUCCUGCGGGUGAUCUCUGACCUCCAGGUGUCCUGCACAUACGAUCACCUCGUGACGCUCCCGCAUGUGCAGAAGUACUUGAUGUCUGUUCGCUACAUCGAGGAGCUUCAAAAGUUCGUGGAAGACGACAAUUUCAAACUGUCUCUAAAAAUUGAACCCGGGAACAGCUCCCCACGCUUGGCCACGUCUAAAGAAGAUCUUGCAGGUCCGUCUGAGGUGCCGUUCUUGGUGAGGUAUAAUCGACGGCCCACGUGCCCUGAUGCCAGCGUGGGGGUCCACAUUCCCACCCCCCCGCCCUCACGCCACAGGAAGAGCCACAGCCUCGGCAACGCUAUGAUGUGGCAUUUCGGUGUGGCGGAGAGUAAAAGUGUGACGUUCCCCACAGAGAAAGCCCGUCACCUGCUGGACGACAGCUUCUUAGAGUCUCAGAGUCCGACCCGGGUCAAUCUGCACAGCUCAUCCGUGUCCAACGGCAUCUCUAUAGGCAGCAGUCAGAGUUCAGUCUGCGGUGAUCUUUCCCCGGGACUCGAGAGGGGCCGCAUGUACUCGACUCUGGGCCCUAACUGGAGGGUCCCUCAUCGCAACUCCCCCAGAGGCCGCAGCCAUGCCCACAGUCCGUCAGUAGCAGAGCCCAGUGUGAGUCCCGGAGAGCCAGGCGUCAAGAUGGAGGGGCCGGUGAAGAGAAAAACCCUGAUGAAGGAGGGCAAGAAGCCUACGGUAAAAACACAUCACACUGGGAUGAUACUUCAAAACACUAAUAAUAAUAUGUUUCCACU